CAUCUCCAGGUGACUUUUCCAAAAUAUUAAUUGAGGAAAACAAAGGUAAAAUUCCAACAUGAGUAUUUCAUGAGUUGGUUUCAAUAAAGAAUUAUUCUUCGAAAAAUUAUGGACCCAAUGUAAAAUCCCCAUAGUCAGACCGCGCAAGGUUUCUGGAAACUCGCUGCGUGACCUUUUACAACAUGUACUUUCAGGCUCUAUUAAAAGUAACAUGUAGUAGGCCUAUAUGAAUUAUUUAUAAUUUACAAUUAAAAUGCUGAUAUCCAUGGACGAACUUCAUACAAUGCUAUUAUCACGGGAAAGCCCGAGGUUUCUCAUUUUUACAUAUUUUAAGACAAAAGAGUUGAGGUCAAGUUUCAGCAGCAACAUCAAUGGGUAGGGUACCCCACAAACUGGAAAAUCUAACAAACAAUGAAUUAUGAAAUGCUUGUGUAUGUGAGGAGAAAUAAAUAAAUUUGACUCUGUUGAGAUGCCUCUUGUUGAUUAUGGACAAGUUCUCAAUGAAUAAACAAACUUUUGGCAAUGAAAACUACUGACAGGACAUUUAUCCUGUUAAGAGUUACAGACAACACUAAUUUCCCCUUAAAAUGUUCUGUCUGAAAAUUGAUUACAUGUCCUAAAAGUGAAAUUUAGCUUAAAAAGAAAUUGCACAGCAAAUCUUUGAUCAACUGGAAGGUGAAAUAUUCAGUUCAAUUACAUGUAUGUUACAUUACAUUACAUUUAUUUUCUCCUCUUGGCAAAAUACAGAUACAAUGUAAAAGAUAAGCCUCUACAGAUGGCAAAAUCUGAAAAAGCGAAGCUUGUGUCAGGCAUGCCAUUACAAGAAACAAACAAGACAAUACAAAAGAAACAACAGAAUACAAACAGGGAAGAAUUACAUAUGUGCGAAAUGAGAAUCAAAUAAAAAUAAUGAUGAAUAUUCAAUUAUUUAAAUUGCUCAGCCUUACAAAAAUAACACCAGGUCUGUGUGAGUGAAAUCACCAUUUAUUUUCAACUCCAAGCUCAUUCUUAACUUAAAAUUUGGAGUGUUUUGCGGAAAUGCUCAAAUGCCACUUUGUGAUUAUGUGUAAAAUUAGGUAAAAGUUUUGACCAUUUUUGAACUGUUUUGGUAAGAUAGUACUUUAAUACUCUACCACAUGUUAUUUGGAAAAAUCUGUUUGCGUGGCAGUGAUUGAAAUAAAAACACUGAUUAUUUGCAUCAUAAAAUGAAUGACAUAUGCAUUAUAAAAUCAAUAAUUGGCAUAUUUCCUUGUAACUUAAUAACAAAUUGUGUCAAUUGUGUCUCACAUCUUCAAUUCACAUCCCCUUACCAGCAUAAGCUUCCAGAGUACUUUGACCCCUGGUGGAAGAUUGCUACAAGACUCCCAGAGCUCAUUGAAGAUGGGACACUGCGAGAUGAAGUUACCAAGAUGCCAUUCCUGGAUUACCAACAACUGGACGGAGAACCAGAGUGGCGUCUUGGACAUGUUGUCCUGUCUGCCAUAACACAGACCUAUGUUUGGGUGGCUGGCGAAAAGCACAUACCACGGUCUCUUCCAAAGAACCUCGCAGUUCCAUUCUGGGAGAUCUCCAAACUUCUUGGCAUCACUCCAAGCUUUAGUCAGUUCAAUGGAGCACAGGAUAAUUGGAUGCUUGUUGACCCAAAUGGCCCAAUAGUUGUAGAUAAUCUCAAGCCCAUUGUCAACUUAGUUGAUGGAGAUGACCAGGCGUGGUUCUUUAUGGUGAGUGCACAGGUCGAGAUAGAUUGUGGUCCUGCAUUGUGCGGCAUCGUUGAAGCUCAGCAGGCAGUUAAAGAUAUGGAUGUAAACGCCUACAUAGUGGCCCUGGAAAAGGUAGAAAAAGCUAUCAGGAAAAUGAAAGUCUCGCUGAGUAGAAUGAGAGAAAGGUGUCGGCCGUGGGUAUUCUACAAUGUCUUACGUCCUAAUUUGGCGGGGUGGGAUAGCCCUGCAUUUAAGGCUAAGGGUUGGAAAGGGCUGAUCUACGAAGGGGUCAGUCCAGACCCACUGUGUUAUGGUGGCGGAAGUGCUGCUCAGAGUGUAACACUCCCCUCUCUUGAUGCAGGAUUAGGUAUCAUCCAUCAGCCAGAAGAAAAAAAAGCCUGCAGCAAUUUUCAGAAGCAAAUGUUGCCACAGCACCGUGAAUUCAUCAAAGCAUUGGCCAAUGGGCCCUCCAUACGACACUUUGCAACUUUUUCCAAGAAUUCCAGAGCGCUCGGAGUCUACAAUGCUUGUCUGCAGGCAGUUACUGACUUCCGUUCCUUUCAUCUUAAAAUAGUAACAGAAUACAUCAUUAUUCCGUCACAUCAGGAGGACAGCAAUCAAAAGUAUUCUCGCCAGGCUGCAUUGGGAACUGGAGGAACAGGAUUUAUGACAUUUUUGAAAAAUUUGAGAACCUCCGUCAUGAGUGCCUUCUACAGAAUCGACGAGGGAACGGAGAUUAACUAAGAAGUAUCUGCCCUUCUGGUUCCUGCUUUCCCCAAACGACGUUAACCACUUCGUGCCGGGGUACGCGGUUUCGGGGACAUAGGCAUUUACACGAAGCCGGGGAGCCCGAAGCCAGACAAAAGAGCUUUGCCUUGUAACAAUAGACCGUACUCAGAACAAAAGACUGAUGAGCUGCUGGGAAUUGCCAACAUUUUGUCUGUUGUCAAUAGUGGAGGAAAUCUGUCAUUAUUUUGAAAGAUUAUACCACUGUUUGUGGCAUUCAGUACGAGUGGAUUGCAACCGGGGACUGAAGCACUCCAGCACUCCCGUGAUAAGCGAUACAUCGCCACUGCACACUAAUCUGGCCCCUUUUGAAAAGACGCCAGCAGUGCACUGUGCUGGUUUCGGGAACAAAAGAAGCUU